GCCUGGGGAGUCCGAGUACAAAUGAGGCACCUCGGCAAUCCAAUGAGCCGAAGGAGGAGAGCGCCAAGGGAGUCGGGGAUGCGCGCUUGAGAAUUGCCGGCAUGCUGUCAAUGCAACAAUUCACUUCACUGACUCCUGGCGAGCAGUACCAGCAAGUCGCCUCCAGUAACGGGGUCCUGGGGACAGAUGAAGACAACAUGGGGCGUGCUUGCUCUCAGAAGCUGACUUCCACCAAGUACAUGCGGCUCCUUUUGUUUAUUUUAAUACCAUGCCUUUGCGCACUCGUCUGCUUGGUGGCCAUGCUGUUGGCUUUUGUAGGUAUAUUAGGAAAAGGUUUCUUUGAGCCGAAUGCAAACAGCAAUCCAUCUGUCAGUGAUACUUCAGACAUUACUUUUACUAGGAAGUUUGAAAGUACCACCUUUGGGGCAGAAUCAGAAAGCAACACCCAGAUGGACUUAUCAACAUCAAACAGCAAAGAUGGCCACAGAGAGACUGACCUCCUCAUACCACAUACAGAAAGCACAACAUCAAGAAGUGGUUUUCCUACAAACGAAUUCACUGUAGGGGAUUCAGAGCUUUUUAGCACUGAACAAGACAAUGGCCUUUGGGCCAGAAAGGUGUCAACAAACUUGACAGACUGGAUGAUGUCGCUGUCAACACUAAACCCAAUCAUUCCAUCUACAACUCAAGAGUCAGUGCCAGUGCUACAGGAGAAUGAUGCCUGUAUAGAUGUCAGUGUCAGUAAGUGUCUCUUAUUGCCCUACAAUAAGACCAGUCUUACAUCUCGCCUUGCUGUUGUCAAAAGCAUCGAAAUUGAAAUGUUUCUCAAGUUCUUCAGCUAUCUGAACCGACUGGGUUGCUAUCGGCACAUCAUGCUUUUUGGUUGUAGCCUUUCUCUUCCAGAAUGCUUGGAGAAGGGUGACAAAAGAACAGUGAUUCUUCCUUGCAUGUCAUUCUGUGAAGCUGCAAAAGAAGGCUGCGAACCUGUCUUACAAAUGGUAAAUGCCUCCUGGCCAGAUUUUCUGAGGUGUUCACAAUUCACAAAUGACACAGUCACAGGAAACGAGACUCCUGCCUGCUUUCGGCCCCAACAGGAUAAAACAAAGACCACUUUAUGUGGCAGGCAAGAUAGCUUCCUGUGCACUACAGGAGUCUGCAUCCCCAGGAAGCUGCUGUGUAAUGGAUACAAUGAUUGUGAUGACUGGAGUGAUGAGGCACACUGCAACUGCUCAGAGAAUCAGUUUCAGUGUGGGACCGGAAAAUGCCUUAAUUCUAGCUUUUUGUGUGAUGGCUAUGAUGAUUGUGGAGACCUAAGUGAUGAGCUCGUAUGUGAAUGCAAAACAAAAGGAGAGCACAGAUGUGGAGAUGGGAGGUGCAUCUCUGCAAAUUGGGUGUGUGAUGGGGACCACGACUGUGUUGACAAGAGUGAUGAAGUUAAUUGUUCUUGCAACAGCCAGGGCCUCACUGAAUGUCGAAAUGGCCAGUGCAUUCCAAGUGCCUUUCGUUGUGAUGGUGAAGAGGACUGUAAAGAUGGAAGUGAUGAGGAAAACUGCUCUUUGAAACAGAAUCACAAGGUGUGUGAGGCAGAAAACUCAGACUGCACACAAACAGCCUGUCCAGUUUCAUGCAGUAACAGUUCUACUUGCUUCAUCCAGGGAAACAAUACAAACUGUAGCCACUGUGAACCAAUUUCUCUGGAACUUUGUUUGAAUCUACCCUACAAUUUAACCAGUUAUCCAAACUACUUGGGCCACCAAACACAGAAAGAUGCAUCUAUUAGUUGGGAAUCCUCUCUCUUUCCUGCUCUUGUCCAAACAAAUUGCUACAAAUACCUCAUGUUCUUUGCCUGUACUGUUCUUGUACCUAAGUGUGACUUAGAGACCCAUCAAAAGGUACCUCCAUGCAGGACACUGUGCAAAAAUUCCAAGGAACGUUGUGAAUCAGUUCUGGGUAUAGUCGGGCUCCAGUGGCCUGAGCACAUAGAUUGCACCCAGUUUCCAGAAGAGAAUGUAGACAAUACCAGCUGUCUCAUGCCUGAUCAAGAUGUGGAGGAGUGUUCUCCAAGUCAUUUUAAGUGUAAGUCUGGAAGAUGUGUUCUAGCUUCAAGGAGGUGUGAUGGACAAUCAGACUGUGAUGAUGACAGUGAUGAAGAAAAAUGCAGUUGUCUGGAGCAAGGACUCUGGGAAUGUCCAUCAAACAAUGUCUGCAUCAAACAUACAAUGAUAUGUGAUGGAUUUCCUGAUUGUCCUGACCUUGCAGAUGAAAAGAACUGCUCUUCCUGUAAAUACAAUGAACAUGUAUGCAACAAUCAUGAAUGUGUCAAUCGCAGUUUGUGGUGUGAUGGAAAAAUAGACUGCUCUGAUAGCUCAGAUGAAUGGGAUUGUGUGACCCUGUCAAAAACAACUCCUUCCCUGCUGACAGUUCACAAGUUUGCCACAGAAUUUCAUGUAUGUGCUGAUGAGUGGCAGGAUGACCUGAGUGCACUAGCAUGUCAGCAGAUGGGUUUACGGGGGAUUCCUAUCACUCAGAUGGUCCAUGAACCAAAUGGACGUAAGAAGUGGUUGCAUUUGGACCCUAACUGGAGACACCAAAAUGUUUCUGCAUUGCAAAUGCUGUUAGUCAAAGGGCAACCCUGUCAUAGUCGGAGCAAAGUGUCAAUUGUCUGUGAGAAGGAAGAAUGCGGUUUUCGCCCAGCAGCUCGAAUGACCAAGAGAAUCUUGGGAGGUAGAACAAGCCGCCCUGGCCGUUGGCCCUGGCAGUGUUCCAUGCAGAGUGAACCCAGUGGUCACAUCUGUGGUUGUGUCCUCAUUGGGAAGAAAUGGGUACUGACUGUAGCACAUUGCUUUGAGGGCCGAGAGAAAGCCAGUGUUUGGAGAGUGGUAUUUGGCAUCAACAAUCUGGACCACCCCUCUGAUUUCAUGCAGACCAGACAAGUGAACAGGAUUAUUUUACACCCACGCUAUAACCGAGCUGUGGUAGAUUAUGACAUCAGCAUAGUAGAACUGGACACCGAAAUCAAUGAAACAAGUUAUGUUAGACCUGUGUGCUUGCCAAGCAGGGACCAGUCUGCCCAACCGGACACAUACUGUUAUAUAACUGGCUGGGGGCACAUGGGCAACAGAAUGCCCUUCAAAUUACAAGAAGGAGAAGUUCGUAUUAUUUCAAGGGAUAAGUGUCAAACUCACUUUGAUAUGAAAACCAUAACCUCCAGAAUGUUAUGUGCUGGAUAUGAAUCUGGAACUGUGGAUUCUUGUAUGGGUGAUAGUGGAGGCCCACUGGUUUGUGAGGAGACAGGAGGUCGGUGGACACUUUAUGGACUCACAUCUUGGGGAUCGGUUUGCUUUUCCAAAAUUAUGGGACCUGGGGUUUACAGCAAUGUCACCCACUUUAUAGACUGGAUCGAGAAGCAGAUAUAUCUCCAUACAUUUCUUCUUUUCUGAUCAGAAAGGUAGCAGAGUUGGAUGGGAGGAGCUUUGUAUAAUAAACGCGCCCAGAGCUGUGGCAGCUAAAGGUUGAUAUGAAACUGUGACAUGAACUUCUAAAGAAUGCAACCGCUAACCAAAUAUUCAAACAAAACAAACUCUUGUUUGUGGCUUAUUUGAGACAACCAGGGUUUAUUCACAGUCCCUGCACUUCGAUUACAGAACUGCUGACAAAAUGAAAUUCAGCUGAAAUGACUUGUCAUCACUGUGUUUUGUUUUCAUUCCAAGUGAACUGUCCACAAUGCUGCAAGCCUCCUAGGCUUUUAAAUAUGUCAUUUGUUUGUAUUUGCUUCUUGCACACCAGAGGCUUGCAACAGGUAAGUUAUACUGCUAUACAUGUAAAUGUGUCUUUUUAAAGUAUCAUUGUGAGAUUCUAUACUAUGAACCAAGUACAAAAAGAAACACUACAGCUGAGGCAAGUAGGAUACACUCUUGAAUACUGAUGAUGUCCUUGUCGUUUAUUAGUAAUACAUAGUAUAAUGGUAUAUUUGAUCCAGUACAAAAUGCAAUGUAGGAUUUGUCUUUGUGUAUUUUAAGGAUAUACAGUGUUUGUAUUAAUAUCAAAGUUCAUGAGUAAAAUUCACUCUCCAAUAUAAGCAAAAAUGGAGAAAAAAAAAACUUUCACGAACAAAAAAAUCAUUUUCUUGAAUUAGGAGAAUGAAUACUGUUAGUGCUAGAAGAAAUAUAGCUAAGAAAUCCACAAAACAUUAAAAUUGACUAUUUUCACAAUAUAUUCCACCAAUCAAAUCUGCAUCACCAUUUUGACUCAUUUUUGUAGCGCCGAAGAACUAUUUUUAAAAUUGUAUUUAUUUGCAUUUUGGGGGGUAAAAAGUUGCUCAUCUCCGGACAGUACAAAAAAAAGUUUUCAAUUUCUAUAAAUGUAGGUCUUUUGAAAUAUUUUGACUUUAAACUAUAUAUAUAUAUAUUUUCUUGUCUUUUCUACUGAAGUAGGGUGUUGCUAUUUAUUUUGUACCUUUUGAGGCCAAGGAAUUUUCACAAUUGUUUUUCUACUUGUGAAAAUGGUAUUUUGUUCAUAUUUUACUCCAGGCUGUUGUUCGCCUCUGUUUACAAUAUAAAAGGAGGACGUUUGUUUGUUUGUUUGAACUGAGACAGAGCCGCUGGUGUCAUCGACAGUAUUUAGAGUAUCUUUCGAAAAAGAAAUAAUCAAAAGCUGCUCUUUGCGGACAUAACUGACAUGACAUAACAAAGCCUCAGUGCAGUGUCUGUGUUUUGAAAAGGUCACUACAGGAGACAUGAUCUAAUUUUUUAAUAAUUAUUAAUAACUUUAAAUGUUGUCAGUAAUCUUGCAUGGGUAAAGUGGAGUCCACACACUAUUUGGAAAAUAGCAGGAAAACGAACAUGAAAAACAGCUCUGAAGUUUGAAACACUUCAUUUUCUUUUUUAUUAAAUAUUAAAUACUUUUUUUUAUACUGUAUCCAGUUUUGUUCAACUCCGUAACACAUUUAGAUAGCUGAUGUGAAUAAAUAAUAGUUGUAGAUUGCACAAAAGCUUAACGAAUGUAUUGUAUAUAUCAGACAAAAAAUAUAACUCAAAAUCCUUAGCUGAAGUGUUAACCUCGCUGUAUAAUCUGGAGAAUUUCUCUUUGUGUGUUAGAUAAGAAAACAGUAAACAUGCCAAAAUGCAGCAUAUAUUCAGUCACUGACAUUCAUUAAAUAAAUAAGAAUAAAUACCCUGUAAGAAGAUUAUCAGUGUCAUUACAACUGGCUGCUAGCUAAAGGCAAUCAGAACACAUUUAUAGACAAGCAAGGCGUCUAAAAAGCCUUCGAAACGUCCACUGAUCAGGCUGCUUCUGAAUCCACUUUUCACACAUUUAUAAUAUCAUUUUGUGAUGAAAAUUACUAUAACAUGAAUUUUAAUGCACUGGGUGAUACUCAGUAUAUAUAGUUAUAAGAUAUAUUUGUAAACCGUUGUGCUUUUGACCUACAAAAUGUAAAGAAAUGACCUAUUCACUCGCUCUCUAUACAUAUACACACACAUACUGUAUAUAUAUAUAUAUAUAUAUAUAUAUAUAAAUAUAUAUAUACAGUAUAUAUAUAUAUAUAUAUCGUAUAUAUAUUGUUGCUGGAAUCAUUUAUAAAUGAAUGUUAAAUAACACACACACUUGUAUUUUAUUGUAUUAUAUCUAGUAAUAUCCAGUAGUAACAGUAAUGGUUACCAGUCACUCCACUGUUAUAGUUCACCUAUGGUGUUCCCUUCAUUAUCACUGUGCCUGUGUGCGCCAAAUAUUAGCCAAUAACAAAAGGGUUAAAACCAAAGUCUGUGUUUUAUGUACAUGAUGUCAGACAUAAGUAACACUGAGCCAGCUGGAGAGUGUUUUGCUGAUAAAUCUGUUGCUAAAUGUGUUUCAGAAUGAAUGUAACUCAAUACAAAUCACAGCAAAAGUACGAAUGUCAUGUUUGUGUCAGCACAUAUCGAGCAAUUCACAUACUACGAAACACCAGUUGAAGUUAAAUGCCAUUCUGUAUUACCUUGAUUGUAUGUACCCUUUUGUAUAUUCUUAAAAAGAUGUUGUAUACUGCUGCAGUAUUUUACAUUCCAUAAAAAUGUGUUUGUAAUUUUAUAAGGUAUUUUUCUACAGCUUUUCUAUGUGCAUUCAUGAAUAUGUCUAUUGUAUUGAGCAUAAGUUGAAUAUUUUUACAGUUCAUGUGAGUUUAAAAGCUAGUUGGAAGAUAACAUAAUGAUGGCAAUACUGAAAGCACUCUUCCAGUUUAAUAGGUUUUGCUAUGCUUUAGUGUGGAAAAAUAAAUCUUUGUCAAUAGGG